AUUUUCUCCCCUCAGUCCCUCUCACUCUCAGCCUACAACUCCAGCGGACUGACACAGGGCUCUGGACAGAAAGAAACAAUAAGAUACAUAGCUAAAGCCAAAAAUGGCAGAGCUCGGAGCGGGAAGCCUGCCAUUGGGAGAUCCUGCUUUUAAUUACCAGGAGCACGAGCUAAACGAGCGACUGAAACGGCUCUACCCGGCUGUGAACGAGGAAGAGACCCCCUUACCCCGAUCCUGGAGCCCCAAGGAUAAAUACAGCUACAUUGGGCUGUCACAGAACAACCUGCGGGUCCAUUACAAAGGUUAGAGAACUGUCUUAGCCCUAACAGUCUGAACAACGUCAGUCGCAGCGGCAGCAGAGGGUCUCAGCUCGUAUCUGUCACUAUGCUGUUGCGGGGGUUCUGUCUCUCACUCGCGCGCACACAGUCACAUACACACAGUAUGCGAUUAUGUUGAUUGUCUAUGUGCGUGAGUGUGCACUCCUGGUAAAUCUAGUCUGAGCUGCCUCUCAUGUCCUGUAACCUUGCUUUGUUUCACAGAUGAGGAGCGGUAUUCUCUAUAUGGGUGACAGUAAACUCGUUGACCCUGACUAUAGGUCUUUUUCUUUCUUUCUUUUUUAUUUUUUUAUUUUUUACCAACACUCUUAAAUUCACCCUCAACAACACGACUCACCCCUUUGUUUAUUUAGCAUUUAUAGUGGUAUUCGUUUGCAUCUAGCUAAAUUGCCUUCCUUGUGAGUUUAUUCUAAAUACUGACAAUGAAAAGAACAACGGCGCAUCGAAAAGACAAGCUUGCGGAAUGUAUAAUCAAACAAGAGCUAGCUACAAGUAACGUAUCUCUUAGGCUUAGGUACUGUUUAGCCCUUUGGCUAACAAGCUAACAUUAGCUAACCUAGCCGUUCCUUGUGACUAACGUUUGAAAACAAUAGGAUAAAGUAGCUACAAGAUGGACUCUGGCCAAAUUUGUUACUAACGGUUUAUAAUGUAGCACUGAGCCCAAUGCACAUGUCGUAUCAUUUUUGGCAACAGUAAGCCAAAAAUGGAAUAAAAGCGACAAUGCUGUGUUAUCUCGCGAUUUUUCAGGCAGUGUUCUAUGAGUCUUUUCCAGACUAUGAAAAUCAUUUUCCAGUCUGGGGACAACCGGUCCAGCUCCGCUUAGAUUUGUCUUGUCCCCCGAGCACAACGGCCCAACAACCAUCUCGUUUUCAACAGCUGUUGUGAGGGGAAAGGCUUCUGCACUGUACAUUAGGCCAAAUUACCGAUCAUAAAAUAAAUCAAUUUUGUCCGCAGACAGGCAUUUUCCCAAUAACAGUAACUUCUUUUGUGCAAUGAACUUCAGACUUGAAACCAAAAUCGACACUGUCAGCCUGCCCUCAGUAUACAUUUAGCUCCUUGGAUCAAAACGGAACGAAUGCUAUGGAAAGUUCUCUUAUCAUUUUUUUUUUCUGCUUAUUUUUCGUCAGGCAACACAUAAGGGCAGCCUGCAUCUCUCUACACAGUGGCAUUGCAAGGCCACAUGGGGUCCUGUUGGCUGUUUACAUCAGUUAUGCAUGCAGAGUAUGAGAGGAUGCAGACAGGCUGUUAAGCCCAUUUUGAUUUUAAGAUUUUCUUUAAUUUGCCUCUUUGGGACCUACCCUGUAUUAGUGUGGCUGCUUGUGAUUAUCAAGAAAGCACCAUUGAGCAUUUAAAUCAGGUCAGCAAGGCAGGUAGCUUAGUAUAUCCCUCAGCACUUUUCUGAUGCACAAUUAAUCAGUCAGCCAUUAUAGAUAAGAAUGCAGUUCAUGUCGUAUUUUGUUUGUUUGUGUUGUGGAUGCACAUAAAACAUUGAGUAGUGAUUUUUUUCUAAUGCUUUGCUUUUAAUCAAGAGUUACACACAACACUACAAUACUACUACAAAGGAAUAAUGGCCCUUAUAGGUUUGAAGAUAUUGUGUAUUUUCUGUUUGGAUGAUGUAGGACAUUGAGUCUCUCUGUCUAUGGAAGGUGCAGAGAUAUAGUGACACAGCACAAUUGUUCAGGGAUAUAUAAAUAGCUCUUUUCUGGAGUGUGCAAGAUAAUUUUCUCCCUGAACAUUCUAGCAACUGCUUGGUUCCCUUACCCUUGUGGUUUGAAUGCUAUUUUGACCAGUGUGCCAAUUCUGUCUGUUCAGGCUGCAGUGUCUGACUGAUCCUUUUCAACAAAGACAUAAUAACCCUAUCUUUCAAAAAUACACACAGGCACACAAAACAAUCUCUAUCAAAGAAUUUGUCAGUGACUUUUUUCUUCUUAUUGAUGAACUUUAUUCAUUUAUUCUGUAUAUUAAAUCAAUAUUCUGAUUCUGAUUUGUUUAUUCAUACACUCUAACUUAAGUAAGAAUAAGAAGAACUGUAUUGAUCCCCGAAGGGAAAUUCAAUUGUCUGUUGUCUCACGUAAUAUGUCUAUAAAAGUUAUGUAUUAUUUACAUAAGAGUUAUAAAGUCUGAUGGCUGUUGGUACAAAGGAUCCUCUAAAUCUUUCUGUCCUGCAGCGAAGAGAGAGGAGCCGUCCACCACUAUUUGCCCUUUGGUCCAUCAAGGUGUUGUGAAGUGGGUGAUCCAUGUUCUUGAGAAUAGUCUCCACCCUCCUCAGUGUAAAUCUCUCCACCACAUCCUCCACUGAGUCCACCUUGAGUCCUACCACAGAGCCAGCCUUUUUCACCAGUUUGUUAAGACGUCUUACAUCUUUGUGAUUGAUGCUUCCUCCCCAGCAGACUGCAGUGUAGAACAGAACACUUGCCACCACAGACUGAUAAUUCUGCAACAUGUUUCACACAGUUUCAUGUUUCACAACAUGUUUCACAGGUUUCACACAAACCUAAGUGUGAUUGUACUGAGAACAUCUGGUGGAGUUCAUUGUUCAUAAGGUCUUGUUGUGUGUCCUGGGGCAGGUUGGGGACAUGCAAUUUGAAUGGACCAUGUUCAAAUUCUCUCCUGUGGAGGCAGCCACAAGGGUUUGUGGUCAUCGGUACCUGUAACCUUGGAACCUGUUGGUGCAUAUCUUAUGGAAAAGACAAGCUCCAGGCUUGAGAUCUUUAGGGCUUGACUGGCCCAGAGGUCUCUGGACAAGAACCAGAUGGCUAGGAGGGCUGCGGCUUCGGUGGUUUUGGAGCAACCCAGGUGUGGGAGGACUGCAGGGAGACUACGCAGGGGACCUAUUGAUUGGUCCCAAGCAGUUCUGGCAAACCUUCAGAUAGUUCAGGAGGGGAAAGAAGGGUUAGGAUUAGGCUGUUCUCAGCAGAGAACUGCUGACCCACACUGAGCAUCACUUCGGGGUGAUACACUAUUGAACUCUUGGAUCCCAUUAACGUGUCCUCCAAGAGGGGGGCAUAGUCUGGAGAUCCAGGGGAGGCUUGGCACGUAACCUAGGUAGGGGUUAGUUCACUAAGGUAGUCAAACAUCAGUUCAGCAGCAAGGUGCCAGUGUUAGAUAAGAUCCACCCUAAGAUGCUAAAGUCUUUCAGCAUCUCAGGGGUCACUGCAGGAGUAUGGGGCUCUUGCCAAGUGCUAUCUGGUCCCUGUACAACCUAAGUGUACCCAGCACAGAGUGAGACAGGUUCCCAUUGUGUGCUGUCCGCUCCGAACACUGAUUCUAUUUGUGAUCCUUAUGGCUAGGAUCUCAAGGUGCAGCAAAGGGUAAAUGGGGUAUUCAGUGUAGGGGCCCCAGUAUUCUGUCUCUACUUUUUGUAGAUGAUGUGGUUCUUUUGGUUUCUUUAGAUUGGGACCUCCAGUAGGCACUGUAGCAGUUAACAGCUAAAUGCUAAGCAGCUUGGAUGAAAGUCAGCACCCUUAAAUCAGAGGCCAUGGGAUCCAGUCUCAGCCCCAAAUGACAGAGUUGAUUCUUGGGUUCUGUUUAUAAGUGAGGGUAAAGUAGGUUAGAAGAUUCAAAUGCAGGUUGAUGCAGUGUCAUCAGUGUCAUGUAGUCAUUGUACUAACUAGACCAUUGUAGUGAAGAGGGAGCAGAGCCUAAAGGCUAAAGUUGAUCUGCAUUCAAACCCUCACAUACGCUCAUGAGCUAUAGUGAAUAAAAAAAUGAGAUCAUGGAUACAAGUGGCCAAAACGAGUUACCUAAAAAUAUAGAUUUCAUUUGCCCGUUUCUAUUAUUCAUAUUACCUCAUUUCAUUAUUUGUGUUGAUGACAUUGCAUUUGGCUAGGACCUAAAACUAGCACAGUGCUGGAUAACAUCAGUAGCAUCAGACUGCUGCACAAAAUAUGAGAGUGUAGGGAGGAUCAUACUUGACAUGAGCUCUCACUCCUCAGUUGAUGAAUGAACAGGAGAGAGACAUAAUUUCUCUCUCCUGACAGAGGAGGUGUCAGAUGACAUGAGGGGUGGGGGGUGACAACAGGUUGCCUAUAUUGCACACACAAAAUUUGUUAAGUCUAUAGACACUACAUUGUGCUUACAUCAUGUAUUGAUUAAUUGCUUUCAUUAUCUACAAGGGAAGUGAUGCACAACCUUAACAAUUAUCACACACAACAGAAAGAAUUUUAGUCGACCUGCUUCAACUUAGUGCCCUCUAAGAUGCCCAGUCAGCAGGUUUGCAGACAUCUCUUUUACUGAGAUCUUCUAUGGAAAAGUUGCUAUUUGGACGCAGCAGCAGCAGAGCUUGGUUUCCAUCUUUAAUAUUUCACAUCAGCUUGACUUUGGGAUUUGAUAGUUGUGAUUUAGCAGCACUGGUGCUUUUUCUCUGGGAAAAUUUCUGUUUUAACUGGAGAUUAAGGUAUGCCCCUAUUUCUGAAGCAAAUUCUUUCUGACAGUAUGUAAUCAAAAAGUGGUACAGUGAUCGGUUGGCUAUUGAGAACUUGUAUAUGUUAUCACAUGGAGCUUCUGGAAAUAGAUACUAUAAAUGUUGCUGCAUCUAUUAGACUUGACUGGCACAUAACACACACAUGCUUAGGCAGGCUGUGCAUAUAAAUAAAGAUGCUCCAACACACCUAGUUGCCAAAGUUGAUAUGUUGAGUAGCAGGAUUGAUUCAUAUUGAUACUAAAUAUGUGUGAAGUGCUUAUAGAUGUGCAUUUACAUGUUUUAAUGAACUAGGAGUGUGCGGUAGGAUGAUAUUGAAGGGUUUUGAUGUUUCCACUAUCUUCAAACACAGACAGAUCAUGGUAUUGGCAGCUUCUAUCCCUUGGUGUUCAAUGAUCAUACAUGGGUGCAUUUUGAGGUUUUUAGUUCACUCAGGACUCAGAUACUGGCCAUGAGGUUAAGAAAUGACAAAUCAAGUGUCUACUGCUUUAUGAAGCUGCACAUGCUGAGUAUGGGGAGACUAUACAGAUGACAUUUUCCUGCAAGUCCUGAGUGUUUUGAACUGCUCACAUGACAGUGCAGUGUGUCUUGGUAUCAGAUUAUGCACAGGCAGAUGGUAAAGACAAAGACAGAAUUUCACUGGUGUUUAAAAGAUUACUCUAAAAUACAUACUUAGUUGUUAAUCAUUUGAAACAGUUUAGAGUUUUAAUAACCUUCAACUCAGUAGAUAAUGUGUCUAAAUUAUCAAAUAAGAAUCAAGCAGACCAAACGAUGAGAGAGAUAAUUAAACUACGAGGUAUACCAGGUUGCUGCGUAGGCACCAGGCAUGGUCCUAAAUUGGAAUGGUAAUUUGGAUAGACAAAGAUCAUGAUGUGGACACAGAUAUGUUUUUAGAUAUAUAUAAAUGUGCUCAGUAUAGUCUGGAAAUAAAUUUUUAAAAAGUUGAGUUUUAUGUCAUGUGCUUCACUGAUUCAACAUGCACCACCUGAGGCCCUGCAGAUCCGGUCAUCUCCCUCUGACCUUUCCAGCUGGAUUCUUUGGCUCUGUUUCAGUCAAACCUCAGAACAUGUACAUCAAAAUAAAGUUAAGAAACUGACAUUCUAGCAGGAAGUGUUAAUUUCUUUCAUUUCAAAAGGUCCAAAUCAGAAAUUGUUUAAUUUAGUCCACAUUACUGAAGUUCACUCUACUCAGAGGCAGCGGGCUGUAAACCAGCCGUGUUGCCUUCUACCACUAUCUCACAUUGGGAGAGGAGGCAUUCAGAGUUCAGUAGUGAAGGCCUUUGUGUGGAAAUUGGAUUUUUUUUUAUAAAACCCUCAAACUGUUCAUUACAAUUUGCAACUUUCGUUUUGAACUGUCUAUUAAUUUCAUCCACAUAUGAAGGCUGUAGUUCAGUGUAAACUUUCUCUCUACCACUUAGUCUUGCAUUGAGGAGGAGAGAAGCAAAGGCUAAGAAGAGCUUUUAUAAAGCCUGUGUGAUAGUACCUCUUGUUAUAAAGCCAUUUUUAGUUUUGUUUCCUAGUUAGUCAUGAUACUUAGUUUGUUUGAAAAGAGGUGGUUGGUUAUAUAAAGAUAAAGAUCAUUUUGGAUUAAAUAGAUACAGUUAAUAAUGAUGUCUCUGCGCAACCCUUAGAGGUACUACACUGUAUGGUAAUGUGCAGGUUUGAUUUUAGGCUUGAUUAGUGAUAAUUUCUUUAUUUCUGUUGAGUUAGACCACACUGUCCUGUUUAAUAGUGUUAUUAGAUCCCCAUGUUAAAGAUGUUGCUUUAGAUCUCAUCAGAAAGUGAACUUUUGCAGGAAGCAUCUCACAUUUGUUUGUUGAAAUGGGUGGUUACAUUUCAGGUGCUGUGUGAUAAGCAAGCUGUUAUUUGGCAAGAGUGUACUUUCCUUGAGUCAUGCUGUUUAGCUUAAACUAUUAUUAAUAUUUGAAUUGAGCAAAAGAGUCUGAGGCUGCGUAUACUUUGAGUGUUGCCCUUGUCUUUAGGACUUGGCUUAAGUUGGUCAAAUUGUACACACAUACUGAAAUAUGUUCAAAAAGCUACUCUGGUUGAAAUCCUUCUUUCUUUUAUUCUCUGCUGCUCAUAAAAUAGACCAAAAUGAGCAGUGAUGCUUCUUUAUGUGCUUCAAAAACAAACUAGACCAUUACUAAAAUGACUGAAAUCUGUCAUUUUAAACCCUCUGUGAGACACUGCAGUUUAUGACACAGAGGACCAAAAAAAAAACAAAAAAGCUGUUCUUAUAUUUUUCUCAAAGGCAGAUUGAUCCAAUCCAAUGUGAGGAAGAGACUGCGAACUGUGCUCAGGCAAAGUCAGGCUUUUAAAAGUCAUAUGCUACUAAGUGAAUAUGUUUUUAACUGACUUUAUCAUUUUAAGUGGUGAAAGUGUAACAGGAACUCAUAAUCAACUGUGAACCUUAAAAUGCAGAAUCAACAGUAAAUCUCAACCAUGUCACAAAAAAUACAAAUACACUGCCCUGCAACAGAUUAAUUCAACUGAUCAGGCUCCUGGUAAAGUAUUUCUUGGAUGUCAGUCAGAAUGGAGUCAUUAUUGAGUGAUUAUCAUCGGUAGUUUCUACUAGGGGUGGGAAUCACCAGUGGCCCCAUGAUAUGAUAUUAUCACGAUACUUGGGCCACGAUACGAUAUUAUUGCGAUUUUUCACAUUUUGCAAUACACAGAGUAUUGGGAUAAAAUAUAUCGUGAUUUAUACAAUUUUUUCAACUGUUUAGCUAAUUUAACAUUUCUCUUACCUUUGUGUUUGUCUUAUUUACACAGUAUUUUAUUUUCAUGUUGCACUUCUUCUUGCAAACCUCAUGUGUCAGGUCCAUCUUAUUUGUGCCCUGCUUGCAUUCCUAAUGUCUUUCCCCGGGUGCUGCUAUAUUUGUUGUACUUACUUUCUCCUGCUCUAUGAUGUCACCUCUGCCAACCUCACAGGACAAACAGUUGAUUUUAUUUUUCCAUUAUCAUAGAAUUGAGUUUAUAUUAGCAAUUAAUAAAAAAAACAUAGAUACUUGGUCAAUGUUAUGAUCCAAUAUAUCACCAGACAAAAUAUCUCAAUACUAUGCUGUAUCGAUUUUUUCUCCCACCCCUAGUUUCUACCUUGUAGCACAGCACGCUGGUGUAAAACUCAUGUCUGGCCAGUGUACGCUUGAGAGUGACAACAGUCAAAUAACAGAGCUUCAGAUAUGUGGUGCUGCUCAUCUGUGUAAUAACUUUUCACUCUGUAAAUAAGUGUUUGCACAAAGAUAGUCUAAUCAGAGUUUACUGAAAAAAAAAUAUCUACAUCAUGAUAAACGGUGCCUGAAUUCCAGCAGUUCAACAAGGCAGCAGAAUCCCACAUUUUCAAAAAGGGCUGUAGGUGUUUGUCACCCAACUCUCAACUGAACUCAACUCAACUGAAUCCAUUUUCACUUUUUGUCAAUCCUUUAAGACCUGUGUUCCCAUGUUGCUGUAAAUGAGGAGCUGGAGCUUCCAUGAUCUGUCUACUGUGUAAAUGCUCACACAGCAACAGCCUCAAGGUGUCCGCUGACAGCCGUUGCUUGGUUUAAAGUUACAGCCUUUCUGCAUUUCAUACACACACACACACACACACACACACACACACACACACAGCCUAGCCUAAAUGGCUUUUUCACAAGAAAUUUUGAUAUUUGUUGUAGAACUGUUAUACAACCCACAUUGGUCUCAAGAAUUGCACAAGCAGUUGUCUUACCAUAGAAAAACACCUUAUUAACACAGUGCGUGGACCUAAAUGGUAAAAAUAGACUACGGAGUAAACUAUUUUAAAGAAAGAUAAAGAGUCCAUAUCCCGUAUUUGAAUUUUCUUAAAUGAGAAAUGAUAUAACAAUACAACUUUAAAUAACAUAGCAUUGAAAAGUAAAAUCUCAGUGAAGUAAGGUAUACUUUUGACAUACAUUUGUUACAUGACUGAGAAGUGACCCUUUACCAGCACACUUCUUUGGUUUUAACAGAUCCUUUACCCCUAGAUCCGGCUUGAUGAAGGUAUUUGCUGUCCAACACAGAAGAGAGAUGAUGGUUAAUAUAGGUUAAUGUACACAUAGAAACAAUUUGACACUUAUUUUGUUGCUCUCAGUUUACAUGUAUAGAAUAAGACAAACAUGUUGCAGUCAGUCAAAGGCAACAAGUUUGAACAGGUUAUACACACAAGAAGAGUAUGUACAGAUAAGUAUGACCUAGUUAAGGAGUACAAUCAAUUUUGGAUUAGAACUGCAUGUUUUUGUCUGGCGAUCCCAAAAGAUCCCACGCAGAGUUUGAUAUGUAAUCACUCAACAGGAACACGUGUGCACAGGUAAGCAAACUCUGACCUAUGCUUAAGUACAGUUUGGAGGCAUGGGUCAGAGUUGGCUACGUAGGUGAUGAGAAGGUGCACUAAAGAUUACAUCAGAUUAUAUAUUUUCUGUUUUCACAUUCAAUGCCAUUAAAUGUCAAUGCAACAGGUCUUGAUUAACUUGAUUACUAAAGUCAGCCUAUUUUAUUUAAACACUGAUUUCAGCAUGUCAUUACAGAAGACAAGGAUGGCCAUGGAUUUUUCUUUUUAUGCACUGUCUCAUGAUAAGGACUUAUUAUCUCGUUAUCCCAACAUAACAAAGGUUGUUUUCUUGUGAAUGUGGAAAUGGUGUUUUAGCCAACCUAAAAAAUGAAAGCACUGAUGUCACGCUCCAUUUUGCGCAUGCGCAUUACACUUUCGACAUGGGAACAGGUAACUGCCAUGCAUGAAUCUGACAACAUCUGUAACAAUGGCGGGCACAUUAUUAAUUAUUUGGUUAUUUCGAGAAAACAAUCUUUGUUAUGUUGAGAUAAUGAGAUAAGUUGUUAUCACGAUAAAACGAUCUUUGAUAUAUCGAGAUAAUAAGUCGUUAUCAUGAGCUAACUGCAUUUAAAAAAGGAAAAAAAUCCAUGGCCGUUCUCCUCUUCUAUAUGUCAAGAUAAAAAACAUGACUUUUAGUCAACCGAAUAGUUAAUACUUAGUCUCACCUUCACAUUCCUCCACAGCAUAGAGGAGAAAAUGUGACUGUGUUGUUUAAUUAUCGGGUGCAAAAAUCCUUAAACAGACAUUAAACAACUGUGCAACACAGUGACUAAUCGUAUCAACAUCUGUGUGCAUUAUCAGGGUAUUUUUCUACUGUUCUUAAAUAGAGUGGAAACACAGCAUGCCAGACAAGGCAACAGCUGCUUCAUGCACUCUCAUCACAUCUUGCUCUCCUGCAUGUAUUCAGGGUUAGUGUCUGCAAAGUGUGCAAGUUAAACUGAUCACACACUCACUGGCCACUUCAUUAGGAACACCUGUUCAAUGCCAUGUUUACAUAAAAAGAUAAUCAGCCAAUCACAUGGCAGCAACCCAAUACAUUUAGGCAUGUAGACGUGGUCAAGACGUCUUGCUGAAGUUCAAGUUCAGUUCAUUUAGAUGGUAGGGUCAGAAUGAACGCUGAAGGAUCUGUGUGUGGGGCAGCAAGGUUGCAUCAGUAGCUGAUUUUAUUGAGGCUUUCUUGGAGUUGUGACCCUCUUGCUUACAAAACAUAAUAAUGAUAAUGACGUGCUUUUAAUCAGGAGUACCUCGAUGUCAGUGUCAGAAAUCACAAACUUGACUUUCAUGUCGUCUUCUCUACUGUUACCAUGAUUCACUGUAGAAGCCUCUGAUCUGAUCCUCUGACUUAUUUCAAUGUAUUUUCAUUCAUGGGGGCAUUGACCAUUGAUGAAAGAAUGUGGUUGGUAUAGGGCAGGAUAUGAGGCUGGAUCGCAUAUGCAUUUUCCUACGUGGAUCAUGAUUUAUAAAGGCAAAAAUGAGUGAAAAUGUAUGUAUGCACAGAUGAUUUAUUUAGCAUACGCUUGGUUUUAGGUGAAUACUCUUAGUAUGGAUUCUGUGCAUGGUUUUAUAAGAUGAGGCUCCAGGCGCCAGAAAAAAAAGGCCAGGCUGAGAUAUCACUCGAGAUGCACAGCUUAAUGAAACUGGUAAAAGAAUUUUUAUAGUGGACAAUCUGAAAUUCAAAAUUUCCCUUUGAUGGGUGUAAUCAGGGAGUGAACUGAAAACCAAGCAAAAACACAAAAGGCCAAAUUAGAGAGUGGCUAUAUGCAAGGUCCAAUGAGAUUGGCCAAGGUUUCUUGGUUAUUCAUGGGCGUGUUUUGUCCAUUACAUUGAAAAUUUUGAUGAUUGUAAAGAUUUUUCUUACGGCAUGAGUUUGGAUUUCACAUGUUGAAGUUAUGAUGGUAGGUAUUUCAUUCUCAACUUGCUUUUUACAUUAAACUAUAUUUGCUAAUAUAUCUUUUCCAACUUGCAGGCCAUGGAAAGAACCACAAGGAUGCAGCAUCAGUACGAGCCACACACCCGAUCCCUGCUGCCUGUGGAAUCUACUACUUUGAAGUCAAGAUUGUCAGCAAAGGUCGUGAUGGGUAAGCAGACACAACCUCUUUCAGUUUUUAUUGCGUAUGCCCUAUGGUACACCUUUAAAUUGUUGAUGAUUGUGCUUUACUGGCUUUUAUCUUGCAACAUUAUCAAAAAACCAACCUUUAAAAAAACUAAAGAUCUUACCACAAAGUCAUGUUAACGUAGUGAGAAUUUUUACAAAACUGCUUUAUUCAGGGUGUCAUCAUCAAGGGUAGGAUGCUUGGACUGUAAAUAACUCGACUUAUUGUGAAACCUUGUAAACAAAACAGAACACUAAAUGCAAUGACUGUCAUAGCUGUCAACAGUGAGCCUUCCCAAGUCAACCCAACCACUGACGUUUCAGCACCCAUGACCAAUGGGACUGGAAGGCUCUGGUUCAGUACAUGAGAAAAACUUGAUUUGAAUGUUACUCAAGCUUCUACAGUAAAAUAAGUUCAUGCAGACAAGAUGAACAUAGUUUCUGUACAUUUAAAGAAGUCUGGAGAGAUAUACCUUAUGAGCAAUAUGCCAUCACAUCCCACUGUAAUAACAUGCUUCAUGUGAGCGCUACAAAGUUACACUGGCCUGUAGUUUAUGGUCUAUAGUAGAGUCUGAUGGCUGGACAGAAUGACACUUUUUAUUGCCCCUUAACAUACCAGGGUUAAUAAGUUUCUUCUCACUUUCAGAAAGUCUGAAGAUCAGCACUUGAUAUGAACCUAUAGUGCUUUAAGACUGGGAAUACCCAGAUAGCUGGUUGUAACUAGUUAGCUAUUUAACUUAGCUUAGGAAGUGGUGCGAUUGGUUUGUUACCAUCAACCAAAUUUCAGAUCAUGAAAGUUCAUUUUCAUUUACAAUACACAGAACGUCAUGUUUGAUAACUUGAUUGUUUUUAUUACCUACAAUGCUACAAUUUUAUGUUUGUUAAUUAUCCCUUCAACGCCACUGGAAAUCUGAAUGACAAAACCUCUUCAUAUUAAACUUAUGGUCUGGUCUGAGUAAGCCAGUCUUUCCCCUAUAGUGUAUACCCCCACCCUGCCAACAAGAUCCCAACCCAGAAAUUGAAGUCGUAGAUUAAUAUAUAAGUUUAAUUUUUGUUUUUAUCAAAACAGCCUAUGAAAUAUAUUUUGCACAAUUUCAGACUCUAAAGCUCGCAGUCGUUUCAUUACUUUCAAGAAAAAUGUAUCUCUACGCUCCUCUGUUGCAUGCUGCGCCACGUAGUUCAAAGGUGCGGUAUGUCAGCACCACUGAGUCUUGUAUUCUGGUCGCGAGCGCUUGCCGCUCAUACCCUGCCAGUUUUGCUCAGGAUAGUUUUGACAACCUUGGGCUCUGGCUCCUUUCCAUGGCGUUUGCCGCCAACAAAACAAUUUAAAAAAUAUGGUCAUGGAGCACUGAACUGUCCUCAAACUUUAUGCACCCCAAUUGAAAAUAUCUACAUUUUCUCAAAAGACGGUACAUUGUGAUGCAGACGCCGCACAUUUUCUUGUGGAUGCUAACUUAAUCUCACCCAGCCCUGAAAACAGCGCUGGCUCAUCUCCUGCUACCCUGUAUGACGUAUAUCUACAUCAUACGGGGUUGACGUCUGUCUACGUCAUACAUGUCUCCCCUCCCCCAAGAGCGAAAAAGCUAGGGGAAACACUGUAAGCAUUUAUUGGGUAUAUAACACUUAACUAAUUCUGAAUUUGUAUUACUUUGGAUUUAGUCUGUAAAUUCCAUAAAACUUUUUUUGUAUAGUAUGCAUUCAACUUUCAUUAAGCUGUGGGAAUUUAAUGUGGACUGUUAAUGUUCUAAUUUUGGAGAUUAAUGCUAAGCAUUCAGUAGGGGAGUUUUGCUCCUGAGUAAUAUGGUGCUAGAUAACACUUAAGAAUUGUCACUGAGCAUUGCAAGUCAUGUCUUUGGAGGAAAAUACUGGCAUGUAAUUACACCCGGACAAUCUUGAAGAAUAGUCCUAAAUGGCAAAAUGACUAUGUGUGACUCUCACUGUAUGAUGUCACUGCUAACCCAUACGCCUUAGUUCUCACUCCUACUUCUUGUGUUACAACUUUCUAUUUGCAUAACGCUUAGCUGAAAGGAGAUCAAAGACAGUAUGUCAAAAGCCACUUCUUCCUGAGACUUUAAAAAAUAUGAUCAAAAACUUUAGCUGAUCAUUCUUGAGCUAAAACAGAAAGCAGGAACUGAGAGCGGUUCAUCUUGACACCUGAGAGACAUUUCUGUUUUAGUUUAUGCAUUUUGAAAGAAAUCUAUAAUAGCCUGCAAUUUUCUUUCUUGUUGUUUGCAGCUACAUGGGGAUUGGCCUGUCAGCCCAGGGAGUCAACAUGAACAGACUGCCUGGUAAGUUCAACUGAUGAUAUGACCAUGACAUAACUAGCAAGAGGAUGACUAAACAGCCAUGUAGACAUUUGUUAAGUGAAUUAAUGUUGAAAUUAACUUCAGGAUAUCACAAUGGGUGGCUGCUGGAUGACUAUGUUAAUCAAUUAAAAGGAUUGUAUAACAAUAGUUCAUAGUCCUCGGUCAGAGCAGUUGGUGAACUGGGGGUGAAUUAAGGAUUCCAAGGUUACUUAACAGUGUUUGGCAAGUAUUUAAUCAGGGCAAUAUCAAGCGACAACACAGGCUUGCUGGGCAUGAUUUGGAGCAGUGCUUUUUGCAAACUGAGAUGAUGAAAACAGGCCUGCGGUGCUUGCUUCUUUUGUUUCGUUUGGUUACACACAGGGCAGUCUUCACAGUGCAAUUAAGCAGGUUUGGAGAAGCUAGCCAAAAGCUUGACCCUGAACUUUGCUAAUUACUCUUUGGCCCAUGGUUCCAGCCUUCUGACUCCAUUGAUUCAGAUGACAAUCGGGCAUUUAUAGUGCUGGUAGUUGGUUUGCUAAAGCAUUUACAUAACAAAAUGGUUGUUUUCCUGAUCUUAUACUGAAAUCACUUUAAAGGAAGUUAUUCUAACAGCUUUAUUUUCUUUCCAUGCGAGAUUACGUGUGUGUAGUUAAUGCAGGCACAAUGUUGAUGCAAAUAACAGAAAUGAGAACCUUAAAGUUAUGGACAAAUUAACAUGAAAGACAGGCAAUCCUGCAUGUUUGAAUAUUUAAACGCAUGGUCUGAUAUUUUCUCAAACAAGCAGACGCAAUUACCAGAUAUUGGACUUUACACGCCCAGUGGGACUUCUUCUUACAGUCCACACAGUUGACUCUACUGAAGCAGUCUGGUGUUGACAGUUACAAAGCGAUGCUUUCACUUACCACUCCGCCGGACUGUCCUGGAUGCUGUCGGCUUAGCCAAAAGGUGGCCAGUUUAUGGGCCUGAUCUCCAAUCUUCACCAAAUCCAACGGGUGGAGCAACUCAUAGGGUUCUGUUUUCAUGCCUCGCUGACAGCGUGGCGCAGGUGCGGCAUAAGUCAGGUCCGCCACGCCGACAAGGCGUGCCCAAGCACAUUUUGGUAUUUUGGUGAGCGGCGCAGCCCGGCUUAAGUAUCCUCCCUCCCUAACUCAGCUCUUCCCAGGGGCCUAAGUCGUAGUGAGGGAGGAGAGAAGGCAUGGAGUGAGUUUAACACAGCCAAGACCUGCUUUUGCCAAUCAGAUCAGCUCCUCUCCUCACCUUUAAAUCUGCCUCGGUGAGGCGUAUCACAAUUUUCAUGAAGUAGUCAAAGAGAUCAAGAGAUGUCUGAAGACAGCAAUGCCACAUGAUGGCGACAGAAGGCAGCUCCUCAACAAGUGUUGCUGUAAGCGCAUCCUCCACACUGUCUCAAAUAAGCAAAGAUGGAGGAGCCACUGGUAAGACAAACACCCUUUUCCACAAAUAAAGACACUCACAUAAAGUUGCACAUAUUCAAACCUCACGUGACAAAGGUGGGUUGUGCGCACAGAUCACAACAUAAACUCCCAUAAUGGCAUUAAAAUCGGAACCAUCUGUGCGUAAAUGACGCAUCGCGCUCCGUGGCCUGGCGCUUUCCUUCAUAGAUGUUGGCAUAUAAAAUAAAUUUGGCUCACAAAACUGAAUAUUAUAAUAUCCGUAUGUAGGCUUAAAGUAAAUAACUCAUCUGAUCACUGAAACAAAUCAUCUGUUCAGCCGCUGCAGCAGCAGCUGCAGCAGAACGGGUAGAGGACACAGAGACAUGUCCAGGUCGAGCUGCGUGAGAAAUAAGAGGAAGACAGAAAUGGGAGGGAGACUAAUUAAAUAUCUUGUUAACUUCAUCAUGUGUGUCUAUUUACUAGAUAUUCAAUUCAAUUUAAUGCGGUUUCAGAUGUGUUAAUUCGGUCAAGUUGAGUGUCCAAACGCGUGCCAAACGCGCUCAUCAGAUCAGAUAUAGAUCAGAAUAUAUCUGUAUAGAUCUAAAUGUAUGUGCUGACUCAGAAUAUUGGCUGUUGUUGAUUAUUUAUUACACUGAAAUGUGGCCUCCCUACCACACAAAAACAGGAGUUUGGAACACUCAAACCAGAUAAAUCUGAAUCCGAAAUAACAAGUGGAAAAAUAAAAAAAUAUCCGUAUAAGUGGAUUUGUGUGGUUGAACUUUUCCGGAUCGAUGACGUCAAACCGCAGCUCGCGCAUGCGAAUUAAAAAGAAAAACAACAACAACGAUGGCAGACAUACAGGGUAUUCUUUACGUUUGUUUUGCCCUUUUGGGGCUAAUUUCAGCCUUGCAAGUGAACCUUGUUUUAUACAAUUACAUCCACCAGUUAGCCAGCUCACAGAGGCGUCUGCUUUGUUAUAGCCGCCACACCGUCACAUAGACCCGACGCACUAGUGUAGCUUCCGCAAACAAUGCAUGACGCAUCACGCUGUUACGAUUCAUCGGCCAAUCAGGUAGCUUUGUUCCUGAAUUUUUUGAAGCGGCACCAGAUAGGAUUGAGUUUGAAGGUUACGUGUGGACGCAGAUAUUUUUGAGAACUAACACGUGUGGACAGAUACAUUUAUUUAGACGGGAGUACAAAAAUAUCCUGAUAAAUAUCUAUAUACGUGUAGUCCAGGCCUGAGUGUGCAUUUGUAUGAAAUACAAAAUAUAAAUUGAAUUGAAUCGAUUGAUGUUAAGGAGACUUGGGGAAAGCAGAUAGGAACAAAGCCAAGUGUUGUUAAAGUAAUCAGACAUGGUCUAUAGCUUCAGCUCUAACAGUCUGACAGCUGAAGGAACAUGUCCAGGCAUGUUACAGAGCAGUCUUAUGCAUCACUGACUGAUGCAUUGACUUGGGUAUGAGGACAUACAAGUGUAACGGGACAAACAAUGCCUUCACUGUAUAUUGCUGAGUUAUUCAAACAGUAAUGUUAAUGGGUCUGGACAUUAGCAGAAAUAAAUACAAACAAUUGUUAAAGGAGUUUAUCACUGAUGACAUGAUGACUGAAGUGUUAAAACUCUAAUAUAAAUUCAUCUAGUGUCACAGGUGUUGUGCUAACUGUAAUACUGAGCACACAACUGCUGUCAAAGAAAGAACAUCAGUAAUUCACUCAUUUAAGUCUGUGAUAUUUUAUUUAAAUCUUGUAAAAGUUGUGCAAGUUGGCUUGGAAUUUAAAGGUGGGGGCCAAUGUGAUCUAUUUUCAUCAGGCUCAAGUUUCCAAGCAACACCACUGGUAAUAAACAUACAGCUUUUUACGGGUAGACCCCAAACAUCAACAAUCCACAGAAAGUAUUUCAGUCCAGUGAACUGUGGUCAUUUGUUUUUGGUGAGUGGAUGUACUUGUAACAGAGAGACAAGAGUGAUCGUGGAUUUAAGCUAGCCCACGAGAGUUUACUGUGGUUAGCACACUCCAUUUAGCUGUUUCUGAUUCUGUUCCCAAGAAGGGGAGAGUACACCCAAGUGCGCUUGAGCUUAAGGUCAGGAACUGAUGGCCGGACAUUCUCCUUCAGGAUUUUCUGGUAGGGAGCAGAAUUCAUGGUUCCAUCAAUGAUGGCAAGUCGUCCAGGUCCUGAAUCAGCGAAGCGCCCCAGACCAUCACUCUACCAUCCCCGUGUUUGACUGUCAGUAUGAUGCUCUUAUUCUGAAAUGCUGUGGUAGUUUUACUCCAGAUGUAAAUUAUGCACACAUCAAAAAAAGUUCCACUUUUGUCACAGCAAACUCUUAAGGAUGACCAUGAUUUUUUUGUUUUGUUAUUUUCUUGCCAAAUGUGAGAUGGGCCUUUGUGUUCAUUUUGGUCAGCAGUGGUUUUCACCUUGGAAAUUUCCCUGGAUGCCAUUUUUUCCCCAGUCUUUCUCUUACUGUUGAAUCAUGAAUGACCUUAACCAAGACAAGUGAGGCCUGCAGUGCUUUAGAAGUUGUUCUGGGUACUUUGGUGACCUUCUUGAUGAGUCCUUGAUACGCUCCUGGAGUAAUUUUGGUAGGCUGACCACUCCUAGGAAGGUUCACCACUGUUCCAUGUUUUCUCCCUUUGUGGAUAGUGGCUCUCCCCGUGAUUU